AUGACAACCGCAAUAUCUAAAGCUAUGCCUUUUCGGCCUGGCUGCCGAGCCCUUCCAAUUACAAAACCUCGCUUCUUUCGUCAAUCAUCAACGCGGAGUCCAAACUGGGCGGGUCGCCCAUUUGAUGUCGCCAAAGACAAUGUUGCGGAGCUGGCUGCGAGUCCCCGUCGGCCAUUGACACUUGCAGACCUUCUAAAACACGGCCGCCCACCUUUGAACAAAGAAGCUCUUCUAGCCUCUGCCAACUUCACACUUUCCCUCCUCCCCGCCCGACUAGCUUCACGGAUCCAAGCAUUACGAAACCUCCCUUUCAUCGUCGUCUCGAAUCCCCAUGUCUCUAAAAUCUACCAUAAUUACCUCCAUUCGCUAUCAACCCUCAUACCAUACCAACAGCGCCGCAUCACGACUCUCGAAGAAGAGAAACAGUUUGGGGAUGUACUGGCAGAUCUCGUACAAACACAUACAAAUACAAUUCCCGUCCUUGCACGCGGGUUUCUGGAGUGCAGGAAAUAUGUCAGCCCGGCUGACGUGACGAGCUUCCUAGACACGCAUCUACGUGCACGUAUCGGUACACGCUUGAUCGCGGAGCAGCAUCUAGCUCUUCAUUAUGCCUCCCAACCUAUUAGCGAUAACCCAUCCGACGGUGCUGAUGCACCUGCGUCCAAUAACUCGAUUCCAUCAAACUACAUAGGCGUCAUUGACACAGCUUUGCAACCAGCACGCAUCAUCCGGGUAUGCGAGGAUUUCGUUGGAGAAAUCUGUGAGCUCAAAUACGGAGUGCGACCACGUUUGAAGAUUGAAGGUGAGCCCGAUGCCUCCUUUGCUCAUAUCCCUGUACACAUCGAGUACAUUAUCACGGAGCUGUUGAAGAACGCAUUCCGGGCAACUAUUGAGAAUGGAAAUGAGCGUGAGCCCAUCGAGGUGACCAUCGCUGCGGCUCCAGAUGUUCCCGGACAUGAGCGGUCGAUCUCGGGUGAUGCCGAUGCUGGCUUUGAGCUUGAUUCCAAGCUUGCUGGCGCCAAUGAGAAUGAAACUAUCGGGUACUCGGCUCCGUCAUCUCAGAGUAUUACAAUCCGUAUCCGUGACCGUGGUGGUGGUAUUCCGCCUGAGGUUCUCCCCCAUAUCUGGUCGUAUAGCUUCACGACUUUCUCCGACAUGGACUGCCAGGGUUCAGAAAAUGGCAACAUGGAUGCCUUGAACACCAUCUCUGCUAGCGGUGGCCAUCUCAGCAGUAUUGCAGGUCUUGGUUAUGGAUUGCCUCUCAGCCGAGCCUACGCUGAGUACUUCGGUGGCGGCAUUGCGGUGCAAAGUCUGUGGGGAUGGGGGACAGAUGUUUACUUGACACUGCAGGGAGUUGGGAGAAUCGACUGA